AUGACCCGGUGCGUUGGGGUGACGAAAGUAAGAGGGAGGUUGCAAGAGGUACAUGAUGCCACUUGCAGCUUGGAACCAGUAAUCAGCCUGUAUCGACGCUUGCAACGCAAAGGUUAUUAUUGGCCAGAGAUGAAGAAGCAAGCAGCCGAACUACAAUCCAAUUGUCCCACAUGUUCUACGAUACGCUCCACGGAGGAGUCGUUUACUAUUUCAUUUGCAGAAGAUUGGAGGGCUCCAUACUUGGCAUUCUUUGUUGGAGGAACUCUGCCGACCAACUCCAAGCCUGCCUACAAGCUCAAAAAGACCGUAAAGAGGUAUUUCGUUGAUGGGUCAACUCUCUACCGGAAAGGGUUUAAUGGUGAGCCGCUAAAAUGCUUGGGAGAAUCAGAGGCACGUCAAGCCAUGCAAGAAAUACAUGCUGGAGAGUGCGGAGAGCACCAAGGAAUGAAGAAACUUUACUAA